AGAAAAAUACUAUUAAGUAUUAAUGAUAGGCACCAAAAAUACUUACAAGUAAAAAAACGACGUCGUUUUCUUCUUCUUCUUCUUUUGCUUAAUCCAUAAGCCUUGAAUUGGGCGACAGUUAUUCCUAAAGUUUCAAUUUUUAUUUUCUUUAAUCCAAAUUUGAGCUAAGAAAGAAGUGAGCUUUGAGUGUUUGGAAGCCGAGAAAAUCAUCAUGCAGAAAAUGGCACAGGGAUGGUUUUCUCAGUCCGAUAAUGGCGGUGACGGAUUGGAGAGACCUUCCUCUUCUCUGUUAGCUGAUUGGAACUCAUACGCCGCAUCCCAAACUUUGGAAGAUGAUUCUUCUCUGAGUAUGGGUUUCGAUCUUGAAUCUGCUGUUCGAUCUGCUAACGACACUGUUUCCGGCACUUUCUCUGUGGUUUCUAAAGGUGUGAGAGAACUACCUGGGAGCUUGCAAUCUGCCACGAGUAGUGUCCCAUCGGGAAAAGCUCUCAUGUACUUCGGUCUAUUUCUUGCAACUGGGGUAUUUUUUGUUUUCCUCGCAUUUACCAUGUUCCUUCCCGUCAUGGUGUUGAUGCCUCAGAAAUUCGCUAUAUGCUUUACACUUGGCUGUGGCUUUAUUAUCGGUUCAUUCUUUGCACUCAAGGGCCCGAAAAAUCAGUUCGUUCACAUGACUUCGAAAGAGAGACUUCCUUUCACAUUAAUAUUUUUAGGCAGUAUGGUUGGCACCAUAUAUGUUUCCAUGGUGCUUCACAGCUAUGUUCUCUCUGUGCUCUUCUCUGUAAUACAGGUUCUUGCACUCGCAUACUAUGCGUUUUCAUAUUUCCCUGGUGGAUCAGCCGGUUUAAAAUUCAUUACAUCAGCUCUAACCUCGUCUAUACUGAAAUGUUUUGGGAGGUGACCUCGACCUCAUUCAUGAUAUGUUUGUUUCCUUUGUAUAUUUCUCACUCAACUUGAGAUUUUUUGUCGAUGUAGUAGAAACUAGGGGAGGACCUGAAAAUACGUAAUACUGAUUUGAUGCUGUGUUAAUUGAGCUAUUCCCAAUUUCUGUGUUGCUGA